UCCAUGCUUCAUUGGGGUAGUGCAGUGAUUGGUCUUUCGCAAAGUUUGAGGUUCUAGCUUCCCACAACCCAGUAAGGAGCGAAAUGAUGCGAAUAAUUGCAGCUAUUUUGGCUCUUUGUCUAAGUCGAUGUGCAGGUGAGACUUGCACAGACCCCGCCAUCUCUACCUCAUCUUACACAACAACUGAUGCGGUCAUCUCCUCAGAGACAGUCUUUAUUGUUGAGCUCAGCCUGGCAUGUGGGAAUGGGGCACAGAGUGUUGCCCUUUAUGCAGAUGUCAAUGGCAACCAGUUUCCUGUGACCAGAGGCCAGGACGUUGGGAAGUAUCAGGUGUCCUGGAGUGUUCCCCACAAGCAGGCCAGCUCGGGCACACACCAUGUCAAGUUCUUUGAUGAGGAGUCCUUCAGUGCCCUGCGCAAGGCACAAAGAAAUAAUGAAGAUGUUGAAGCCAUUAAGCCCCUGUUUUCUGUCAAUGUAGACCACAGAGGUGCAUGGAGUGGACCUUGGGUUUCCACUGAGGUGUUGGCUGCUGCUGUUGGCAUUAUUUUGUACUAUCUGGCCUACAGCACUAAAGGUUCAAUACAGGCAUAAAUAUUUCAAGGGAUAAAUAGCAAAGAAGCAACUCAGACAUGCACCAGGUGCCAAUGAAGUACUUCUAGUUGUACCGCUGUGUUUUCACAUCUAAGCCUGUGAGUAAUUCCCUCACACUAAGAGGUUGUAUAAUACAGUUUGAAUAUUGCCUGUAUAAUAAGGGCCAAUGUUGAGGCUAUUCAUCAUCUCCUAUGAUACCUAUUUUUCGAGGUCACAUUCUGGCUUAUGGGAUGUUGGCACGUCAAUGAAAUUCAUUGAAUAAAACAUUUUUCCCAAG